ACUACAUGUCUGUCAAUGCCGAGAGAAUGAGGUUACUUGAUUCUUAACAAGGAGCCAGAAAACAGAGCUUAUUUAACUUUUAGUAGCUCACUCAAGCCCACAGCAACAGUUGUUCUCUCCUCUGUUGCAUAAUGGCCACACUGAUAAUGUGUUUGUCUUGUUUUAAAUGCAUGAUCUAUUUUGUUACUGUUUGAGAAAGAUUUUGAUAGCAGAGUGCUUUGACAAUGAUGUCGAGUUGGCAGAUGUUAGUGCUUAUAUUUACACUUUGGACUCAAGUGGUCCCAAGUUUGGGUGUUGGGAAUUCUCGCUACCGCUACUAUCACAGAAACUGUUUCACCUGUUUCAAUGGAUAUCAUGGUUACAACACAGGACACCUGGGGCCAGAUGUUGAUGAGUGCCAGGUACACAACGGAGGCUGUCAGCAUAGGUGUGUGAACACCAGAGGUUCUUUCUUCUGCGAGUGCAACCCAGGGUUCCGUCUCCACAUUGAUGCCCGCACCUGCAUAGCUGUGCUUUCUUGUGCGGUGAAGAAUGGAGGUUGUGAGCAGGAAUGUGUGCAGCUUUCUCCUGUUCAGUUCCAGUGCCGCUGUAGACAUGGAUACCAGCUCACCGCUGAUGGGAAGCGCUGCAGACUGAGGAACCCAUGUGCAGAGAGGAAUGGCAGCUGCAUGCACUUAUGUCACAGUGAAGGGGGUCAUGCUGUGUGCGGCUGUCACCAAGGCUUCAUACUGGCCCCGGACCAGAAGAGCUGUGAAGACAUCGAUGAGUGUGCGACAGGGCAGGCAGCGUGUGCUCACAGUUGCCGUAACACCCCAGGCUCUUUCUCUUGCAUCUGCAAUCCUGGAUACGAGCUGGGAUCUGAUGGCAGGAAAUGCUACCGUAUUGAAAUGGAGAUUGUUAAUAGUUGUGACACUGAUAAUGGUGGCUGCUCACACCACUGUCGGCAUGGCACUCUCGGGCCUGUCUGCAGCUGUAACCAUGGUUAUCAACUUGAUGAAGACCUCAAAACUUGUUUGGACUUAGAAGAAUGUGAGGAGGGAACCUCAUGCUGUGAGCAGGACUGCACAAACUACCCCGGAGGUUACGAGUGCAACUGCAGAGCAGGAUACAGGCUCAACUCAGAUGGCUGUGGAUGUGAUGAUGUGGAUGAGUGUCUGUCUGAUAAUGUGGGCUGUGAGCACAUUUGCCAGAACACAGCUGGAUCCUAUCAGUGCUUCUGUCGGUAUGGAAACCAUCUCGCUGAGGAUAGACAUUCCUGCAUCCCUCUGGAGAAAGCAGUUGAGGUAUUGUCUAGUUCACGGGUGGUUGAGAGACCCCCCCUUCAUCUCAGUCUCCUCCAGGACUUCUCCCAACCUCUGGAGCUCUAUAAUGACUAUGAGGAAGACAGCUUUGGAGAACUGCGGGCUGAGAGCACUCUCUCUGAGAAAUAUAUUUGUUUAAAUGGGACAUUUGGCCAUGACUGCAGUCUGACAUGUGAUGAUUGCUCUAACGGAGGACUGUGUAACAUGGAGAGAGAUGGUUGUGACUGCCCUGAUGGUUGGACAGCGAUCAUCUGUAAUCAGACCUGUCCAGUGGGCACUUUUGGAAGAAAUUGUUCUUUCACCUGUAAGUGCAAAAACGGUGGCACCUGUGACCCGGUUAGUGGGAAGUGCCGCUGCCCACCUGGAGUGAGUGGAGACCUGUGCCAUAACGGCUGUCCGAAGGGACUAUUUGGAAAGCACUGCAACAAAAAAUGUAACUGUGCUAAUAACGGACGCUGUCACCACACUUAUGGAGCCUGUCUGUGUGAUCCAGGACUCUAUGGCAGAUUCUGUCACCUCCCUUGCCCCAAGUGGUCGUAUGGAUCCGGCUGCUCAGCAGAGUGUCAGUGUGUGCAACAGAACACGCUCGAGUGCCACAGGCGCCAUGGAACUUGUAUUUGCAAACCUGGAUAUCAGGGAAAGACCUGCAAACAAGAGUGUGAUAGCAGUUACUAUGGUCCAGGAUGUAAGUCAAAAUGCCAGUGUCCAGCGGGAGUAUCCUGUCAUCACAUGACUGGCCAGUGCCAGCGUCAGUGCCCAGCUGGCUUGCAUGGGGAGCACUGCGACCGAGAGUGCCCUGUGGGACAGUUUGGAGUUGGAUGCUCACAGUCUUGUAACUGUAAUGGAGCUCCAUGCGACUCAGUGACCGGGGAAUGCCACUGUCCCGCUGGACAGACUGGAGAACACUGUGAGAAAGACUGUGAAGAGGGUCGUUGGGGGCUGAUAUGUGCAGAGCUCUGUCCUGUCUGUAUCAAUGGUGGAGUGUGUGACAGACGAAACGGCACCUGCAUUUGUCCACCGGGAUACAUUGGAAAUAUCUGUCAGAAUAUCUGCCCAGUUGGGCACUUUGGCCUAGGCUGCCAGUUGCACUGCUCCUGUGAGAACAAUGGGCAUUGCCACCAUGAAACAGGUCUCUGUGGUUGUAAAGAUGGCUGGACAGGACCCAACUGCAGGAAAGCGUGUGAGCUGGGACGCUGGGGGUCAAACUGUACCAACUUAUGCGACUGCCAGAACAGUGUAGGAAGCUGUGACCCUGUGACUGGGCAUUGCCAUUGUGAAGCAGGCUACAAAGGACCACGAUGUGAUCAAAAGUGUCCUGAGGGUUACUUCAGCCAGGGCUGUCGGCACAGAUGCCAGUGUGAGAAUGAUGCAGCAUGUGAGCAUGUGAGCGGUGCCUGUACUUGUUUACCAGGCUGGACUGGAACCUACUGUGAAAAACCCUGUCCUGAAGGUUUCCAUGGUCUAGAGUGCCAGCAAAAGUGCCAGUGCUUAAAUGGUGGUCGUUGUCACCCCAUGACUGGAGACUGCCAGUGUCCAUCUGGCUGGGUCGACCCCCUCUGCAAUACCACAUGUGAAGCUGGUACCUAUGGCCCGGGCUGCAAUCUAACCUGUAACUGCCACAAUAAUGCUAACUGUGACCCUACUGAUGGGCGAUGUGAGUGUGAAGCAGGGUGGAGAGGGCAUAGCUGUGAACAAGAGUGCCCAUCUGGAUUCUAUGGUAUGGGCUGUCACCAGCAGUGCCUGUGCCAGAAUGGAGGGUCAUGUGACAGAUUUAGUGGCCACUGCACAUGUCUUAGUGGUUGGACUGGAGUGGCUUGUGAACAAGAAUGUGCUGUGGGACACUUUGGGAUCGACUGCCAACGCAAGUGUGAGUGUAAGAAUGGUGGUGUGUGUGAUGGACAGAGUGGCAGGUGCUUCUGCCCUGCAGGCUGGGUGGGCCCACGCUGUGAGAGGGCAUGUGCAGUAGGCUUUUAUGGCCAAGGCUGUCAAGAGCGAUGCAGAUGUGACCACAACGCACCAUGUCACCACAUCACUGGCACCUGCAUGUGUCCAGCAGGCUGGAGAGGGCCACACUGUGAAAAAAUCUGUUUACCUGGUUCGUUUGGAAAGCGAUGUGCUCAACGCUGCCUCUGUCCUCGUGGCAAGUCCUGUAACCAUGAGACCGGAGAGUGUGGCUGCUCACCUGGCUUUACUGGUCACGGUUGUGAGCAAAUGUGUCAGCCUGGCACAUUUGGACUGAACUGUAAUCAGGUGUGCCAGUGUUCUGAGGUUAAUCAGCUCUGUCACCCAGUCAGUGGUGUGUGCUACUGUGCUCCAGGUUACCAUGGCAACAAGUGUGCUACAGAGUGUGAGGCAGGGAGUUAUGGUGCUAACUGUGAGCGGAAGUGCCAGUGUCUGAAUAACGGAGUGUGUAAGACCACCACUGGCACCUGUACCUGCCCACCUGGAUUCAUUGGACCAAACUGCAACAUCACUUGUCCGACAGGGCGCUAUGGGCAAGACUGUGCACAAGUAGCUUUGUGUGGUGAAGGGGCCAGGAGUGAUCCGGUCACAGGCAGAUGUGUGUGCAAAGCCGGUCAGCGAGGGGAAGACUGCGGACAAGGCUGUGCUAAGGGCUGGUUUGGGCAAGACUGUGCUCAGCGCUGUAACUGCAGUAAUGGAGUGUGUGAUGCAGUUACAGGGAACUGCACCUGUAGGCUGGGCUGGAGAGGAGACAGCUGUGAUAUAGAGUGUCCCAGAGGCAGGUAUGGGGCUGAAUGCCGGGAGGUGUGUAACUGUCAAAAUGACGCCAGCUGUGAUAAAGUAACGGGAGAAUGCCACUGUAUUCCUGGAUACUAUGGGCAUCUCUGUGAACAUGUGUGUCCUCUUGGUUUCCAUGGGCAUCAAUGCCAGCUUCUUUGCGACUGCCAUGCCAAUGCACCUUGUGACCCUAGCACUGGCCGCUGCCUCUGUCCUCCAGGUUACCAAGGACUCCGUUGUGAGAAAGAGUGUGAGCCAGGCAGGUUUGGGCCUAAUUGUGCCCAUAAAUGUGACUGUGACAGAGACACACCAUGUGACUCUGUCAGUGGAAGGUGUUUGUGUGCACCAGGAAAGAUGGGAACUCUCUGUGAUAUAGACUGUGGAGUAAAUCGGUUUGGUCCAGAUUGCUCAGAGAGAUGUGAAUGUCACAACGGAGGGCAAUGCAAUCCACGCAAUGGACGCUGCACAUGUCUGAAUGGUUGGGUUGGACCAAGCUGUCAAGAGGGGCUCACGUCUAAUCUGAAUACUAGUAGAAGCAAACGUAAAGACUCCUCACUGUUCAGCUUACCAGUAUAGCAAUCUCACAGUUCCUGAUCCAGUCCAGCCUACACAUGACAGAAAUGGAGACACUUUGUCACUGACUGUAACAUGACUGGAAUUGAAUUUGUGAGUGGACAUUUGGCUAAACUUUUAGCCUUUUAGUAUCUUUGAACUCUACGGUGUACAAUGAUCAAAUGAUGAUUUACUGGAGAGACUUCCAUUUGUCGAUACAUGAUCAACUUUCUCAUGGAAAAGUUGACAUCAAAGCCAACAUGAAGUAUAUUUUCAUAUACUGUAGAAGCUCCUCCUGGAUGAGGACAAAUACAACAUUUUUGAAGAGCGUUUUCAGCAUCAGCCGUGCAGUUAAACUGUUUGUAAGAGGUGCUUCCAUUUCUUCAUGUUGAGUUCCAACUCUAAUCAAACAGGCAGCUAAUCGUGGUCUUCGGUUCACUUGAAAAUAACAAGCGGGUGUGUCCAAGCAAGACUAAGCUCCUGGACUAAAUUCCCAAAUGAGGGAUAACGAAGGAACUGAAGAGUUACUAAAAUCUUAGUCUUCAACACUAUUGUGCUCCUUCACCCAAAAAUGGCAAUUCUGUAAACAUUUACUCACCCUGAUGUCAUGCUCAACAUGAGAUGCUUUCGAAAUGACCAAGCUGCUCUUUUCCAUACCAUGAAAGUAAACAGUGACUGUAGCUCUCAAGCUUAAAGAAUACCAUAUAAAAGUAACAUAAAACUUGUGCGCUAUUUUCUAAGUGUUCUAGCUUUGUGUGUGGAAUAUGCUGAAAUUGUGGUUAUUCACUGAAAAUGUGGCCCUCCCCAUGUCACUGUCUACGUUUGAUUGAUUGAAAACAUAAAUAUGGAGCAGCUUGCAACUGCUGAAAGGUUCUUUGAGUGAAAAGGGGCUGUUUAAUUGUAUGUUGCAUCAUUCAUGAUGAACAUUUUCAUGUAAUUAUUUUUCUUAGAAUUUAGGGAGACUUGAAAAUAAGUUAUCUUAUAUAACAUUUAGUCCAUAUUUGGAUACAUGGUCCAUAUUUCAAAAUGUUUUGUUCCCUUGCGUUUGAAUUCUUUCAAAUCAAAAGAAUAUGAAACAACAGUCCUUUUACUUUGUGUACAUAUGUGAAAGUUUUAGUGUGUGAGUGGUUCUGUAAGAUGUUUUUAAAAACUACAGUUUGCAUUUAAUGAACAAUAGUACUGUAAACCAUAUAAUCACUAAGAUUUCUAUUUUACAACCUUUUUUCUACAGAUGUAUUUUUUGUACAGUACCAUGUCUACAAAACUAUGCAAUAUGUAGUUAAUAUGUGUGAUAUGUGAUCUGCAUUCACAGAAUGUAGACUAUAAACUUAAAAGGACAUGUACAUUUCAAUGAUAUUGCAGCUAAAUCAGGGCCAAAGAUAUAAUUUUUAAAUAAAUUCUUAUUCGAAGUGCUACUUUAAGCGGUCAUAUUUUAUUGAAAGUAAAUAUUACCAUGGGAAACGUUUUUUUUUCUUCUUUUUUUUUUUAAUGGAAGCUUACAAAUAUUUUAUUUAUGAUUAUCCAUCUCUUAAGAGUACAGAAAUAAGCACUGAAUAUUUUUUAACUGCAGUUAAAGAAUUAAAGUUUUCCCAAGCCAUUAUGUGUGCACUGUCAACAUAUUUAAAGAAAUAAAGACAUGAGUAUUUCCUUUAUUUUGUCAUUUGCCCAUGAAUGAACUAUUUUCUUGAUUUCACCAUUUUAAAAUCCAUACUGGCAUUUGGAUUUUUUUUUUUUUUUUUUUUCUCAGCACAAAAUGGUCCCAAGUAUUUUGUUUACUUUUUAAAAAGAUUUUAUAGGUAUGUGAACUGUAAUAAUCCUAAAAUAUUUACAAUAGAUUUUAAAGGGAAAAAUGGAGAAACAGCAUUUUUGUUCAUCUAUUGUUCAUACAGUUUAACAGUGUUGUGCCAAUGUAUAUGCAUAUCAUACAUGUUUUUGAUGUAUAUCUUCAGUAAAUAAACAUACUGUAUACCAAUUAUAAUCUUUAUACACAUCAGAAAUACAAAGAAAAAAAAUAAAG